GCAUUAAUGGAGGCGUGCCGUCGCCGUGUUUGCUGGUUUGCUGGCUGUAGCUGCCGCUUCGUGCUACUUUGCGUGCCCCGAAAGUAAACUUUCCCGCUAGCAGUACCGGCUUCGCGCCUCGUGCAUCGUUGAUCAGGGUCCCCUGUUACGCAUUCGGUCGCAAUGGGACGAAAAGUGACUCUCGCUGUGUGCACACUGAACCAGUGGGCUCUCGAUUUUGAUGGAAACUACAAGCGAAUCCUCAAAAGUAUCAAGGAGGCAAAGGCAAGGGGGGCAUCCUUUCGAUCAGGCCCUGAACUGGAAGUAACGGGAUAUGGAUGUGCCGACCACUUCCAUGAAAGCGACACUCUUCUUCACUCCUGGGAAGUCCUUGCCUCUCUGCUUCGUGAUCCGACAUGCGAGGGGAUUAUGGUCGACGUUGGAAUGCCUGUUAUGCACAGAAACGUCACUUACAACUGCAGAGUCAUCUUCUUAAACAAGAAAAUUCUGCUGAUUCGUCCCAAGCUCAUGAUGUGUGACGACGGCUGCUACCGCGAGUCACGCUGGUUCACGCCGUGGCAGAAGCCUCAUCGCGUUGAAGAAUUUUUUCUGCCUCGCAUGAUCUCCGAAAUAACUGACCAGAAAGUGGUGCCAAUCGGAGACGCCCUCAUCUCAACGAAAGAUACGUGCAUUGGAUUUGAAAUUUGCGAAGAGCUCUGGAAUCCCCUGAGCUCCCACAUAAUGGCGUCGCUGGAUGGUGCUGAGAUCAUAGUCAAUGGAAGUGGAUCUUAUCAUGAGCUGCGAAAGAACUAUGUUGUGUGCGACAGAAUCAAGUCAGCUACAGCAAAGUGCGGCGGCAUCUACAUGUUUUCCAACCUGAGAGGCUGCGAUGGCGAACGUGUCUACUACCAGGGUUGCUCCAGCAUCGCCAUCAAUGGAGAGUUUGCUGCCAUAGCCAAGCAGUUUGCCUUGGAAGAAGUUGAAGUCACAACUGCUACAUUAGACCUGGAGGAUGUCAGAGCCUACAAAGUAAAGAACAGAAGUCGAACGUUGAAAGGCGCUGAAUCGGAAGGCUACCCACGCGUUGUGGUCGACUACUCACUAUCCAGCACAGCCGACAUGUCCGUUGCACCUAGUCCGAUAAUCAGCUGGGCCUUCCCAACACCAGAAGAAGAGAUUGCCUUGGGACCUGCCUGCUGGCUCUGGGACUACCUGCGACGCAGUGGGCAGGGCGGGUUCUUUGUCCCGCUGAGCGGUGGCAUUGACAGCGCCAGCGUCGCAACAAUCGUGUUUUCUAUGUGUCGCCUGGUCUGUGCAGCCGUCAAGAACGGCGACCCGGACGUUUUGAGGGACGCCAGACGCAUUGUGGGCGACCCUGAAUAUGUGCCAAAGGAGCCGCGAGAACUCUGCAACCGAGUCCUUGUCACGUGCUACAUGGGCACAGAGAACUCAUCACGUGAGACUCGAGCACUGUCCAAGGACAUGGCCAACCAGAUCGGAAGCUAUCACAUGACAGUAGCCAUUGAUGCCGCUGUAACCGCUGUUGUUGCAAUCUUUUCAACGCUGACGGGUCGCAUUCCCAAAUUUCGUGUCUUGGGCGGUGGCUCGCGAGAAGACCUGGCUCUGCAGAAUGUCCAGGCCAGGCUACGAAUGGUCCUGGCCUACUUGUUCGCGCAACUCAUCCUUUGGGCUCGAGACCGACCGGGUGGUCUAUUGGUCCUGGCCACUGGCAACGUGGAUGAAGGGCUUCGUGGCUACCUAACAAAGUAUGACUGUUCAAGUGGGGACAUCAACCCAAUAGGUGGCAUCAGCAAAGUUGACUUGAAGCGGUUCCUGAAAUACGCCUGCGAAACUUUCAAGUUGUCGGCACUCAACGAUAUACUGAAGGCCACCCCGACUGCAGAAUUGACUCCGCUGAAAGACGGGCACACCAUACAAAGUGAUGAGGCUGACAUGGGGAUGACAUACGAGGAACUCAGCACGUAUGGAAGACUAAGGAAACAGCUUGCCUGCGGUCCAUACUCCAUGUUCAGCAAAUUGGUUCACCAGUGGCAGAACAAGUGGACACCAUUUCAGGUCGCAGAAAAGGUGAAGCACUUCUUCAGAACGUACUCCAUCAACCGUCACAAGAUGACUGUGAUCACGCCAUCAUACCACGCUGAGUCAUACAGCCCAGACGACAACCGCUUCGACCUUCGGCCGUUCCUCUACAACCCUCUUUGGAUGUGGCAGUUCACCCAGAUUGACGCUCAGGUCAAGCAUCUCGAGCUCCUCAAGGAUGCUCUGUCCACUAGCACGGCUGGCACUAGCAUCAACUGGAAGAGCAGUGCUGGCGUCUGUGAGAGGUUUGGCGAGAAACCCAGGGACUCGAGAGGGGGCCAGCAACGAGCGCCGGAAAACAAGAUGGCCGACACACCAUCAGGAGACCUCGGUAUUUUCGUCUCCGGCGGCGGUUAUCGACAGCCGGCCCUCGAAGUGUGCAACACGACAACGAACCUGCCCAAGUGCUUUGCGGAGCCUUUGGACUGUGGUGAAGUCAGGUCUAGGAUUUGGCUGCUGUGAUUUUGUGAGACUUUGGCCAUGGUGUUCGGCACUACUUUCUCCUUUGUGCACACAACAUUGUUCAGUCGGAGAGUUUUACAUGACUGACGCAGGUCAGUGUUAAGAAAGAAAAGGAGAGGGAUCUAGUGGAAUAUGCUGCAGGCCUGAAGCCUUCACCUGAAAUUUUAUAUAUUGUUCCAUGUGUAGACACUGUUUCAUAGAAAAUGUCAGAGAAAUAGGCAUUCCAUGGCCCCAUGUCAGCAAAUGGACACAAAUCUAAUCACAUAUUUUGUUGGUCAUUUCAGAAGAGGUACUUGAACCCUUGAUCGAGAGCUUAGGUCUCGACUGGGUUUCACACAUUUAAUUAUGUUAGAGGAAAACAUGCUGCUCCUUUUUGCACCACAGCAAAGUCUACUGCAUGGCUGAACUUUUAGUUUAAUUCGUGCAUUGAGAGCACCACGAGAGAGUGUGUAAGGCACUGGUCACUGCACAGCUAGUUAAUCCAAAAUGGCCAGCAGAAAAUGUGAGCUUACCUCCCUGGAAAACAAAUUCACCACUAAGAAGCAAAAAACAAAGUACUAGUAGAAGCAGCCUGCCACAGAUUGGCCUGUGGAAUACAUAUUAAGAAAAUAUCACCCUGGUUAAUUGUAGCAAAACGUCGAUCAGGGUGCAUGAAAAAGAUGAAAAAUGCAACAUAGCUGCUAAAUCGCUCGCCUCCGGCAGAAGCAGUGAGAGCUAGGCCGAUGCAGGUGUUCUUGUGGUCAUGGAACAUGUAUGUAUAAGAUUUCAGUUGAGAAUUCAGUCCUGCGGUAAGUUCUUAUGCUACAUUGUAUUUUUUUUUUUUGCUUCCUUACUCCCUCCUUUGCACCAAAUCAUUUCAGUCAUGAUGUAGUAUUAAGCACACUCAUUCUGUCAUGGUGAGUUUUUAUUUGCAAGACUCGCGAGUGUCUUGGUGGGCCCCUGGUCUUUUUUGUUUUCAAUGACACGUGUGCACAUGACAUUGCCUUGUGCAAAAAGUUUUUUAUUUUGUUUGUGUAUGUGUAAGAACUCUCACUGUUAUGUCAAGCGGACGCAGGAUUAGAAAUGGUUACAGGGCAGAGUGCCAAGGUAGUUGAGGCUCAUUGUAGAGGUGCUGAAGUGCGUAGACGCAAUACAAACUAUGAAGAUAAGGGCAUAAAACAGAUAGCAGUCUCACUGCGUAUUCCACCCUGUGCCUUUGUCUUCAUGUUUCAUGGCUUGCUUGCACUAUUUGCACCUUUAAAAUGUUACAAAGAAGCAAUAGCUUUAGCCACAAUGACAUUAAGCCCAAGGCACUGUGUCAUUCAGAAAGAGAAAGAUUCAGAAAUGACAGCACACUUUCUGUUAAUUAAAUACUUAAUGUCAAGGCAGCAAAGUGUAGGUAUUGUUGCCUUUCUCUCUGAAGGAACAAAAGAAAAUAUAACGGGCUCACUUACAAGGAAUCACUCGAACAAGAAAGAUAUUACAAAACCAGACGGGACGAUGUGUGCAUUAGUUUGUGAUCCAAUAACUUAUCGCUUUCACAAGAAAGCUUGUCUUAGUGUUCUUUCUUCUUAGUGAACCCUGUCUGUUUUUGUUUUUCUGGUUGCUGUUCAGGGAGCAAUGCCUACACUUGCCUUGAAACAUUCAUCUGAUCUUGAGUAGUACUGUCUUUUCUCGCCUGCUUUGUGCAUGCCAGCUGUAGUGCCAAUUUUGUUCACAUAAGGUUACUCUAUGUUUGUUUCUGAACAGAUCAUCAUCACACUUAGUUUAGACUACACCUCAAAGCGUCCACAAGGUAGGUGCGAGUCUUUUGCAAAUAGUCAUCGAUUGUUGCUGCCAGUUAUCUCACUGCACUCUUAGUAAACUCAGGUGGCAUGUUUGUGACAUUCUACAACGAAAGAUGCGAAGGGAGUUGCUUUGCUCUGCUCAAAUGUAGUGGCUUGAAUGAAACCCACUUGUGAAAGUCACAACAGGGUGCUGCAGAGUUAUGAUAAGUAGUAGUCUAACAAAUGUUGUGUUGCUCAGGCGACGAGUAUAAUGGCUCUUCUAGUUAAAUUACCGACUUGCUCACGUUCAGUUUUUCAAAGGGGCAAAGCUAGGCAGGUGUAUUUCAUUUAAAGCACACUUGAGUGCAGUACUACUUACCUGUUUCAUGUAUACUCAUGUUUCAUAUACUGUACCUAUUUCAUGGUUACCCCUGCAACCGAAGUAGAGGAGGCAUGUUCCUCUUACGCCCGAUUUAUUCGUACCGGCAGGUGGCGCUGGCAUCGUAACACUCACACCAUCCCUUCUCGUACUGCGUAGCUACCACACCGACUCAGUUUGCUUAUGAAGGCAGUUAAAAUUUAAUCAGUGGAACCACUGCACACCAGUUGCCUUGUCUGUUCACAGCAGACAUUUGUUAAGUUUGUCGUAUGUUUUGAGGCAAGCUGAGUGGUGGCCGAGCGCAAGAGAAAUGGUCACCAGAAGAUAUGGUCACUACUUUUGCUUUUGAAACUUGCGUGAAAUGUGCAGUGAUCUUGCACGUUCUAAAACUCGUAAGGGCAAUUUAAAAAGUAAGAUAGAAUGUUCAUCUUGGCGUGGGAAUAUUAUGUCUCUUUUCAAAUGUCAUGCUACUGUAACUAAAACAAUAAUGUGUUCUAUUUGCAUGUAAGAAAAUUCAAACUAAAUUAUGGGACUGUUCUCACCAACGUUGUGACGCAUCUUUAUAGCUUUGCUGUCAUGGCCGCAAUUCGAGCUUUCUGCGUGUUUAACAAAAAUCAAUAUGCAUUGCCUUAGCACACGAAACAGUUUUUUUUUUUUUAAUAAGCAGCGGUGACACCUGUUGCUUAGAGGGCGAAACCGCUACUUUGUUGCCUCUGCUUUGGGCACUUUUGCUUUAUUAGGACAUGUGGUACCAUCCUUCUUUCUAGUGCUUCAUAUUUGCAUAUUUUGUCGAAAACACAUUGGGGGUAUACAUCAUUUGUGGUGAUGCCAGGCAAGGAAUCAAUUUUUAUUGCAAUAGGAAUGGUGGUGUCAUCUUUCCUAGGAAGGUGAAAUGCCUAAUGCAGACUGGUUUUGCUUUCCAGUCAUCAUCGCACAGUGCCCCACGUUUAUUCGUCUGGCAAUUCCACAAGUGACAUGAACUUUUUAAUUUAUUCUGUACAAAAUAGGGCGGUAAACAGUGCCCAGACGUGUCCUUAAAUAAAAUGCUCAGCUCUACUCAUGUGUACAGAGCUUGAGUGCAACAGUCCGGCAUUUUGGCCGCGAGAGCUACUUAUAUUUUCGCCCCUCAGCAACGCAACAUUAAUGAUACGAGUUUAAUCUAGCUUCUUGAAACUCCUCUGAAUGAAUGCAUUUAGCUCCUCACUUGGAACAUUAAUACUCUUGGCGCUGGUAAAAGCUGUGCCACGGCUUUCAUUAUUUUGUGGUAUUUUUUAGUCAUGUUUAUGCUUCCUGGAGUCCUUGCACACAGGUAGCUUCGACACUAUGUAUGCAAUUAUGUGCGAACAAACAUAAAAAAUAACUCUUGCAGCUCUGCACAGGGCGUGGCCUCACAUGAAAGAAGCCUGUUCACUUAGUAGUAAUGAAGUGAGUGGACAACAAAAGGUUUUUAAUCCAGCGCUAUUUCAAUGAAAAAAAGGUAGCCACAAUUUAUUGGUGGUAUCCUAAACCAGCCAAACGCAUUAAAGCAACAGGAAAAAUAUUUUGAAGAAAACAGACGGAAAAUGUGAAAACAGGCCAUGUUUUAUGCCUUCCAUAGCUUGUCUGGCACUAUCAAGCUCAGGAAAUUGAGGUGUUCUCUCUCUAUCUAUCCAUGUGUAUGUCACUCACUCACUCUCUUUGUUUUUAUUGAAAUAAAAGUUGGAAAGGCCUAAUCACCUCGAGUGGCUGCUCCUUUUCGCUGAAAGAUAGUGUGAGAGAACAGAAAGAGUCCGUCUCAAUAUCUGGAACGUUGGAGCUGGAAAUGUUUUUUGGAAGCCCCGGUACGCAGCCCCACAAGGGGUUCGAUGGCUUUGAAGCUUUUUGACAAUGACAAAUUUGCACUCACACUCAUUAGUGAGCUUGCACAAGGAGUUAGCAGUGCUAGAUUUGUCUUCAGGCCACGCGUCCUUUUUAAAAGCCUUAUUCGUUAUUUUGUUUGACUGCUUUGUAGGCGAUGAGAGUCACUCUACAGUACCUGGUAUAAAAAGAUAUUUCAAAUCAAAGGUGUCGCAUAGCUUUGCAUAUGCCUUGAAAAUGCAUUAUUUUUCACGUUCUAUACUUUUUUUGAAGCGCCUCAUGCUAUUCUUAUCCCUCCAGCAUUUUGGGUGGUAUAAUUUUAAUGUUGUAAUAGUAUCAGGUUGCACUGUAUUAGUGGCAAAACAUUACAUUUUGGUUUAUAGCUACAUGGACAUCACAUUGUAUUUCACAAGCUAUCUUACAUAAGGAGCCAGUGUGUUUGUAAGAACCAAUAGUGUCACGAUCUCUGGAGGUUUCUUAGUCUAUAUUAUAUCUACUCAGCUAAGACAUUUUCGAUGGCUAGUUGGUACAUUUUUGUUACCAUUGUUGACUGUGCAAGUAAACACAAUCCAUACAAGGGCUGCACUUGUUCUGUAUGUGAUUCCUUGCCUGGUUUGCAUUUACUUACGCAGUCAAACAAUUAUUCACUUAAAAAAUGAUGCUAGUAAAUAACUGCUAUUAUUGAGAAGCAAGUGAUUGCUACUUUUGCCUUGUGGUUCCUGAAAGCAGUUCUUGUGUAGCAGUGCCCAAAAGGCUUUAGAUGUUGAGGAAAAUUGAUAAACCUUGCAAAUCUUCCACUCCUAAACGUGUGCUGUAAAUUAAUUUGGCAAGGUGUACGAAUGACGAGCCCACUUUAUUUUGUGUAUAUUGCGCACCCCCGAAUUUUGUGGGAUGGAUGCAGAUGGAUAGAUUCCCAUAGAUAUUAGAAUAAUGCAAAGUUGUAUUCAUCAGCAGCAGGCAUCAGUGCUCCCGUAUAGGUGGUGCUCGAAACAUGGCGUCCAAGGUGUUACUUCUGGCACCUGCAGUCCGUGAAGGUGUGCCUUGCUAGAUUGUUUUCCGUUAUUCCGACGACGAGAGUGCGACGAGGACACCACCUAAUCACAAAGCCUCUCCUAUGCUAUGUGCUCAGUUAUAUAUACUUAGCAGGUAACACUGCAGAAAGCUAUGCAGGUAGUAAGGUCGUGGAAGUCUCGCGCCACACUAUUCGCAGUGCACUCGUUCUUGAUCUGCGAUGCCUGCUCCGGAAUAACUCAUUCAUAUUUAUUGCAACGACUUGUGAAAGUAAGACCGGGUCAAAGCACGUUAUCAUUUGCUGCCCACUUUUGUGCUUCCCGUGCACGACAUACCGUGUUUUGGUCACGAGCACAAGCGGUGCACUGUUGCUGCUGGUCGCCAAAACUCAUCACUGUUCUUUUUUCACUGCUAAAAUAAGUUCAGAUCUGGGACGCCUUCCAUGUGAUAAUCACGUCGUAUUUUGCAACAUAACCUUUGACAAUUAGCACUGCAUCAAAUUGCAUGACAUAUGUCUUUCUUUCACGUGUGAUGCACUAUUUUUUGGUUGGGAAUGCGUUUCAUAAUUGCCUGAUGUUUUGGUGCCCAGACAGGCCAAACACUCAUCCUGCCUUCUUCAUCUGCGUUUCUAUUAAUUUGCGCCCCUCGUGUAAUAGUUAUGUGUCGCCAGCUAGCUCAACAAAACGUACACCUGUGAUUCCUUUUGUUAAUAGGAAUACAGAUAGCUGACACAUUUUAAUUUUGCUCCUGUGAAUUCACUGAGUAUCAAUGUCUCCCUUCUCUUUACAUUGUUGAUGCUAUUUGCCGCUGAUUGGAAGCUAAAGUGUCGACUUUCACGGGAAAAGAAAUGUUCUUACAAACACACGGUCCACACCAUGCCAUCUCCAAAUGCAGGGCAUCGUGUACCGACACCGAUAAACCUUGUCAAAAAAAUUUCAGCUAGCGUGUUCUUUGGAAGGUCGCUGAUAAUUUCGACGACGUGCAGGUGUGCCCUGCAAAGUGUGUCGUUGCACAUAACCCUGUGUCAGUGCCAAGCACUUUUACACAGUCUUUGCACACUAUCCACCAAUCAUGCAUGUCCAAGUACAUUGUUGACCAUGUAAAUGGCAUUCUCUGUGCUGUCCGAUUUGCCAGUUCUGCGAAGCUGCCAGUUCGGGCAGCAGAUAGGGGCGAGUGUGAGAUGCCGAAUGUUUUGCAACUAACAGAGCACGGUAUAAGUGACUGUCCUGGCCAAGCCGCUGGCUUGUACAUGCUAAUGUUUCCCACAAAAGUAGUACUUCAUGGUGCAUUUUGUUUUGAUACCGCAUCUGGACGCAGUGCCUGCCUGUGUUCAUCUAGAAUAAAUUCAGAAAUGAGCAUCAUCUGCGGGAAUGCGGGACACAGAAAAAUGAACUGCCUCAGUUAAAAGAAUGGCGGCAGCAUCUGUCACAUUUACAGUUGUACACAGCACAAGCUGCGUUUCAAGUACUUCAUUCAGACAUGGUGUUAAACAAACUGUACCAUAAAAUGUUGUGUUUAAGCAUGAAUGAGCAAGCAGCUUAGCUGGAAGAGUCGUUUAUACAGAGCUCCCUCAUUAAUGCAACAUGUUUUACAUUUGCAUUUUCUGUAAAAUGUUGUCUCGUGCUAUUUCUUAUUUGUGUUGAAUUCGAUCAUUGGCGGCAAAGCUGAACACAUUACUUAACGCCCGUUCAGCAGUGUUGCAUACUUCAGGCCUUUUCAAACAGGAGUUUCAGUUGUUGCAAAAUAUGCACCUGUGGCACCAGACUAGUGCGAUUUGCUAUCUACUGCUGUGUUUUGUAUUACAUGCAGAAAGUGUGACAUUCAUUGAAAAGUGCUUUCAUUGAAAAUUCAUUUUGCAGCCCUCAGCAUGUGCAAAGGUUUAUCGGUGACCUGCGCUUAACACGAUAUGCAUGCCAAAUACUGAUCUGCAAUGUGUUAACGAAGUUGAUAUAUCCCUGUGGUCAUGGUUGCUUCAGCGUAACAACAUUCAGAUGUGCCCACUGUUUCGACCAAAAUGAAGAAUUCAGUCAGCGUCGAGUACCCCAGAAGAGCUCUUUGUUGGGUCAUGCAACUGGGCGAGGAAAGAAAAAGAACCUCCAGAGGAAACUGACUCAUGUAAAGAAUGUAUGAUAGUCCAUUGUACAACAAACUCCAGUGAAUGUCUUCAGCUUUUCAGUGGUAAUAAAAGUUAAGCGUUGAAGAUGUGAGGAAAAAGCAUUUCAGUUGCAGCUGCAGUGCUAAGGGUGUUUUUGAUGUCUUGUUUGUUGUGGCUGAAGCUGAAUAAAGUCGUUUUCUUGUUAAAAGCGAUGUCCUCAUGUGUUUACAUGUUUUAACCUAUGCCUUGGUUGACACACACUGGUUAUAAAGAUCAAGCACAAGGAUGUAGUCCUAGUCUAGGGCGUUUGCAGCAGAGAGCUUUCAAUAAGAGCUUGGGCCCUAUUGCAUGCUAAUUUACACCUGUAUUUAAAUGUAUGUGAACCAGGGGUACUGCAAAAAAAUCAGAUUUCUUAGCAACUCAGACUGACAACUUGAAACUGACGAAUCCACUGCUGUGUUUGCAAUACCAAGUCUGAACUGUAAUGCUCAGGUGCAGGUUACAAGCAACGCACCAAUCAAAUUCGAAUAUUAACGCGAAAGCGUUAAGGGCUCCGUGUCGCAGAAAAUCCGGCGUAGGCACGGGCGCACUGGUGUCGUUGGCGGAAAUAGUCAACCUGAACCACCCCGACCGCGCAGGCCCUCCACGCGGCGCAAGGCGUUAGCGAACAAAAUCGAUUUUUUCAAAGUAAAAUUUGUCAGAAAAAUCGUAAAGUACGACUUGACCCCAACCGACAGAUGUGAUAGCAUCGGAUUGUAAUUUCAAUGUACAAGAAAAUAUAAUUCUCUUACGCCGAAAUUCAAACACAAACCCCUUUUCCAGCAUUUCUACAAUUCAUGCAGAGGCGCGCCGCAGUUUCUUCCUUGCAAAAACAUCCAGAUGGCGCUCACCUCCUCUGCAGCCGCGCGCGGAGACCAAGUUGGACAAAAAAAGCUGCAGUUGCUGCGAAGCCUGAUAAGCAGCCAGGGAUCUUUGAAUGCUAUCGCGUUCCACUCUUACAGCGAAGCUUAAGCGUCCGCCAAAUUUUUUCAUAGAACCCAUGGUCCGCAUAAUUUUGAUCACGUGUGUACAUGCUUUUAAAGAGACCCUGAAGGCAAAUGUCAAGUCAACCGGAACGUUGCAGGUUUUAUGCAAAGAAAUUACGUAGUUUAAUACAACUAUAAGAGCAGGCUGCAUAGACCUUUCAAUAAUGGCUUGGCGCCAUUUGGAUGCUAAUGUACGCGCUGUUAGAGAAUACAAAUAUUGAGUCAAUCUAGAAUGUUAGAGCACCUUUCUAGAAAGGUAACGUUUUAGAGCGCAGCUCGUAGGUGACCGUUCCUGUGGCGAGCUUCGGCAUCCCUCAUAACCAAGUGAACGAGCACAGAAGGAUGAAAGAGCGAAUGCGGCGCGUAGCGGGGGAUGAAAGACUGCGAUAGCGAACAGAGCGGGAGGAGGAGGAUGCAGCGGAACCAUGAAGCGGAAAGGGGAGGAGGAGGGUAUGGCAAAAGCGUGAGAAGACAGGCGUAGUGCCGCGCACGACGGGCUCUGCGGCGACGACCGCUACAAGGUGGCGCCAGAGUAGCACACUGACCUCUGUUCACCGAUACCAUAUAUGGAAACAAAGCGCUGCAUAAGCAGAGAUCUAUCUGCAGCGGCUGCUGUGAAUCGCGCGCACGCGUCAUUUACGCACUGU